GAUAUUAGAGGAAGCGUAAUUCCAAAUGACCCCCCACAAUCUUUUUUUGGUUAGUCUGUCAAUAGGUGAACCCCCAGUUUCACAACUCCUAGCAAUGGACACUGGUAGCCCUCUAACCUGGGUUAACUACAAACCUUGCAGUGGAUGUCACCCAUCAAGUGCAACAACCUCCCUUUUCGAUCCCUUAAAAUCAACAACCUACAACCCUUUAUCUUGCGAUUCAAGUUAUUGUGAUCUUAGUAUAGAAGGCAAAUGUGACCUUAGAAAACAAUGUGAGUACACUAUCAGGUAUCUCGUUGAGACGUCAAAUGCAGGAGACCUUGCCACCGAGAAGCUCUCAUUUGGGACAUCUGACGAUGGACUGACAAGUAUCUCGAGUGUUGUUAUUGGUUGCGGCCAUAAAUUUAUAGGAGGCUUACAACUAGAUGGGAUUCUCAAACUUGGUUUCAGUAAGGUAUCCUUGGUUUCCAACAUUUCUAAAAAAAUUUCUUAUUGCACUGGGGAUAUAACAGAUCCCAAUUACAUCUAUAACAAAUUGAUCUUGGGGGACGGGACACAAAUUGAAGGUGAUUCAACACCAAUGGAAAUAUAUGGUAGCAACUAUUAUGUAACCCUGGAAACCAUAAGUGUAGGAGACAAAGUACUUGCCAUGGAUAAAAACAUUUUCAAAAGAACAUCCGACAGAGGUGGAGUAGUUAUCGACUCGGGUACAACAUAUAUGCAGCUCAAAAGAGGUGCUUUUGAAGCUCUUAAAGUAGAAGUAGAAAAUUAUAUAAACGGAAAAUUAGAGAAAUUUUAUUACAAAGACUAUUUGUGCUACGAAGGAAAAGUGAACCCCGACCUACAAGGGUUCCAUAUGGUGAAACUUCAUCUAGCUGGUGGAGUGGAGGUAGUGUUGGACAUAGGGAGCAUGUUUCAACAACUGGGCAAUGAAAUAUUUUGCAUGGCAGUGGAAUUAACCAAGGAUGACAAUAUCAUUGGAAUGAUGGCGCAACAGCAUUACAAUGUCGCGUAUGACCUUACAACAAUGAAGAUCCAUUUCCUGAGGACAGAUUAUGAGCUUCUAGAUAACUGA